AUGGCUGAAAGGGGAGAUGGCACCCUGUUUGACCUGGAGAGGAGUUCCAUGGCGUCUCGCGUGGUGGAGAUCAUUGGUGGGAUAGGGCACAUCCAGACUCUGCAGGAUGCGGUGGAGGCGGCCGUUGCGGCUCUGGAGGGAGACAGCGUUUUUCACUGCGGCGGAGAUGUGUGGCUCACCCGCAGCGUUUCGGUAGAGGACAGUGGUGCACCUGAGCCCCUCUGGGAACCUGCAGGGGGGUCAGCCGAAGAGCAGGCUGAAGAUGUAGGCCUUGAGGAAGGUGCUACGUCGGCUGCCGGUGACCUGAACCCUGCACAGCUGGAGACGGACAGUGGUGUUGAUGGAGAGGAUGUUGAUGUCACUGCGGUGGCAGAUGAGAAUGAGAUUGUGCCCUCGGAGGACAUCAACACACCCCCAGAUGAGGAAAACUCCCAACCUCAAUCUGAUCCCCUGACUGAGGCUCCUGAAAACUCAGCCCAAGAUCCAGUAGAACAGGCGGUGGAGACCUCAGAAGAACCACUCAGUGCUGUUCCAGAUGAGAACCCAACAGAACCCCACACACAGCCAGAGCCAGAGAUCCACACAAUGGAAGGGUCUGAACAGGAGGAGAUGGUGACAUCACCAGAGCAGACAGCGGAGGAAGCAACGUCUGAUGUGACGCCUGAACCUGUGCUUACGGAAGAGGCGGGCCAGACAGAUGAGGCAGGGGAGCCUGCAGGGGAGGGGUCUGGGCAGGAAGACCUGAGCGAAAGUCAGAAUGAGGCUGAGGAAGAGGAGGAGAAUGAAGAGGAGAAGGAGCUGAGUAAAAUGGAUGGGGGGCAGGAGGAGAACAGUCCCCAGGGGACCCUGCCUUCUUUGGGCCUGAGUCCUUGCUCCAGCUCCCAGUCCUCCACAGAGGUGCCCCACAGCGGCUCUCGGAAGAAGCCCGUUGGUCGAAACGCCCCUUCGAAGUACAACACCGUCUCGUACCGAACCAUCCGCAAAGGUAACACCAGGCAGAGGAUUGAUGAGUUCGAGGCCAUGACGCACUCCUAG